AUGGCUGCGGUUAGUGCCCGCCCUCAAGACGGUCACGGUCAUGAUCACAAAGAACAUGCAUACUCAUCACAAAAGAUUGUUCAGCACCACGGGCACGCUGAGAAAAUUCUUGUCGAUAUCCUUGUCGUCAUAUUUGUAUUGGCUGCGGUCAGCGCCCGUCCACAAGACGGUCACGGUCACGAUCACAAGGAACACGCAUACUCCUCACAAAAAAUCGUCCAGCACCACGGACACGCAGAGAAAAUUCUUGUCGACAUUUUCCUGCUCGCUCUUGCACUUGCUGCAGUCAGCGCCCGACCUCAAGAACAUCAUGAAAAACACGAACACAAGGAACAUGCAUACUCAUCGCAAAAACUUAUUCAGCACCAUGGACAAGCUAAAAAAAUCCUCGUUGAUGUAAUGUUUGUUUUCGCUGCAUCUGUCGCGUUUGUAUCAGCGGAAUAUGGACAUUCAUCGCAGCAUAUCCACAAACAUGAUGGACACCCUCAGGAAGUAACCAUUCAUGAUCAUCAUGGACAUCAUCAUAUUGACUACUACCUCGUAGUAGUUGCAGUUGUAAUCGCUGUAAUCAGCGCACAAGACAGCCAUCAUAAGAAACAUGAAGAACAUCACGAGAAACACGACAUCGAUUACUAUGCCCACCCCAAGUACGAGUACGAAUAUGAGAUUAAAGACCCCCACACUCACGACUUCAAGCAGCAGCACGAACACCGCGACGGUGACGUCGUGAAGGGCGAGUACAGUCUGCACCAGCCCGAUGGCACCGUCAGGAUCGUGAAGUACCACGCUGAUAAGAAGACCGGAUUCCACGCUGAUGUGAAAUACGAAGGUCAUGCUAAGCAUAUUGUACCUGAACAUCAUCACCACCACUAG